GGAGCUGUCGCUUGGUGUUAUCACUUGCCUUCAUGUAGUAAGGUCACUUGGCCCAUAAUUGCAGAAAAAGACUGUAAUGGCACUCAACAGUCUCCAAUAGACAUAAUAACCACCAACGUCCAGGCUAAUGCUAAUCUGACCUCUUUCACCUUCACUGGUUAUGAUGACAACACAACCUUAACUGAGAUUAAAAACACUGGCACGACAAUUACAGUUACACUUGAUCACCAGAAAAUGCAUGUGGAAGGAGGUGAUCUGGCAGGCCAGUUUGCAAGUACGCAGUUUCAUCUUCACUGGGGUAAUGGCAGUUUCAUGCCUGGAUCUGAACACACUGUGGAUGGCAAGCAAUACCCUAUGGAGCUGCACAUAGUGAAUGAGGUUGUGCAUAACGGCUCAACUAUCCUGACUGUUCUUGGUUUCUUCAUUGAGGCCACUUAUGACACUGGAAAACCAGAGAGCUGGAAGACCUUAACAUCUUCCCUGUCAAAAAUCGCCAAUGCAGGUGAUAAAGCAUACAUCACUCAAUAUAUCUCUAUGGAUGAUCUUCUUCCUGGAGUGGACAGAACUAAAUAUCAUCGUUAUCUUGGUUCUUUGACCACACCAAACUGCAAUGAAGGUGUUGUGUGGACCAUCUUUAAAGACCCCAUCAAAGUCAGCUGGGAUUUGAUUGACCUGUUCAGUACGAGUGUACACAUCAACAAGGCAACCAACUCUCCCCUAAUGGUGGACACGUUCAGGGGUGUUCAGCCAGUCAACAGCAGGAUUGUGACCUCACAGGUGGCUGGUACCAGAGCUACUGGUCCUGUUUCCCAAACAGCAUUUGACUUUGAUGUUCUAGAUCCCUCUUCUGAUUGCCAAAUCCCUGAACCUUACACAUUUGACUUGGAAACGGAUGCAUACUGGUAG